CUCAUGGACUAAGCAUGAUCUUCCAAGGCUUUCUGUAAUAUAAUGUCAUUCUAUUUGUCAUGUGUUUUCAUUUAAAAUUCUGGAAAUUUACCUUUUUUAGUAUUUUAGGUAUGCCUGUCAGAACAAUGUAGGGUCCUGAUCUGGGCUCUUUAGGAGAAAUGCAAAGCAUGAAAAAACCCAACUCAAUAAAACUACAAAUUCAUUAAUAGUUCUCAAGUCAAUGAAUUCAACACACCUGAACUUUUUUGACUAUUUCAUUAUUGUGGGAAUUUCAGAUGUUCCAGAGAUGCAGCUCCCAAUCUUCCUUAUAGUUCUCUUUAUCUAUCUUAUCACUUUUGGUGGUAACAUGACCAUUUUAUCAUUGAUUUGCCUGGACCAUCGUCUUCACAUUCCUAUGUAUUUCUUCUUGGCCAACCUCUCCAUUCUGGACAUGGCUUCCUCCUCUGUGACAUUAUUUAAAAUUCUUGCUAGUUUCAUUACAGGGAACUCCAUGAUUUCAUACCAGGCUUGCAUACUACAGUUGUAUAUUUGUGCAUCGUUAAUUGGACUUGAACUCUUGAUAUUGACAGCCAUGAGUUAUGACCGAUAUGUGGCUAUAUGUAAUCCACUGAACUACCACAUGGUCAUGAACCAUAGAGUGUCGGUUCUUUUGGCUGCAGUCUGCUGGUUGUGGGCCUUUCUUGAAUGUCUACCACACACUAUUAUUAUUUUUAACUUUGCUUGCUACAAAUCUAACAGGAUUAACCACUUUUUUUGUGACAUUCUUCCAUUAAAGAAUCUUACUUGUUGCAGCACAACAAUUUUGAGUCAACUGAUGCUUGCUGUUGACCUCUUCCAUUUGUUUUUCUCCUUCCCCUUAACUUUCAUACCUUAUGUUUUCAUAAUUACCACAAUACUGAGGAUCCCUUCCAGUGUUGGCAGACACAAAGCCUUCCGCACAUGUUCUUCACAUCUGACAGUAGUCAUCCUUCUCUAUGUGGUCCUUCUCUGUCAGUAUUUGAUACCAAACCAAGAAGCUCAAUCGAACUCCAAUAAACUUUUCUCUCUGGUUAACACAGCUGCUGUCCCCAUGCUGAAUCCAUUGAUAUAUAGCUUAAAAAAUAAAGAUGUGAAGUUAGCACUUGGACGAGAAGUAAACAAAGUUAGAGCGUUCUUUAACUAUGAUAAGUUAAAAUGACAUAUUAAGGGGAGAUUGUGAGGCUAGAAGUAUGGUAGCUGCAAUUAUGUUAACCAAUUUUGUUAAAAAAUGUAAGUUACAGGAUUUUUGUAUCCUUCUCCUUCCCUCACUACUAGUGGAGCACUGAUCAGAACAUACACUGAACUUGCAGACCAGAAAUCUUACUUUCACUUACUCAUUUUGAGUCAAAUAUUGACUACGCAAUAAAAACGGGGCGUAUGGAAGAUUUAUAAUACCCUAUCAAGAAACACAUUUGUGAUCUUUCUCAUUUAUCUCGGAACUCAACUGCUGAAUGUUCUCCUCCUCCGCCCCUCUUCUGCAUCACCAUUAUCAACAUUUGGGCAUGUGCAGAUACACUGCUGGCCUCUGACAUUUUUAUAGAACCUAGCAGAGACUGGUGGUGCAGGUUUUUUAAAUAGUAUCUA